AUGGAUGUUGUCUGGAGAAGGCUGGGUGUUGUGGAAAAGUGUUUGGAGGAAGGGCUACAAAACAAGGUACUGAGAGCUGGGUGCGAAUCCCUUGGCUUGGACUGUGAAUCUGUACCUACAAAUUCAUCGGAAGCUCACUACUGUGGGCAGUGCAGCUACGGUUGCCCGACUGGAGAUAAGAAAGGAGCUGAUUCCACUUGGUUGGUGGAUGCAGUAAACUGCGGUGCAGUCAUUUUAACCAGACUAAAGGCAGAGAAAUUCGUCUUUGAAGAGAGAAAUGAAGAUGGUGGGAGUAAAAAGAAGAGAUGUGUGGGAGUUUUGGCACGAGUUUGUGACCCCAGAAAUUCAAAUUUCACAAGGCGAGUACUAAUCCGUGCUAAACUGAGUGUUUCAGCAGGAGGGGCGCUGUUGACACCCCCUUUACUUAUUUCUAGUGGGCUCAAGAACCCAAACAUAGGAAGGCACCUGCACUUGCACCCUGUACUGUUAGCGUGGGGCUACUUUCCUGAAUCGGAUUCAAGCUUCAAAGGCAAGGCCUUUGAAGGUGGAAUAAUAACUUCCAUACACAAACUUUUAUCAGAGCAAAAGAGUCCAAAGGUCAUCAUAGAAGCUGCGGCCCUUGGACCAGCAACCUACGCUGCACUGACUCCAUGGGUGUCCGCUGUAGAUAUGAAGGAAAGGAUACUUAAGUAUUCCAGGACAGUCAAUCUCUGUGCACUUGCUAGAGACGUGGGUUCUGGUGAAGUGAAGGAGGAUGACAGAGUCACCUACAAGUUCCAUCAGGUGGACAAGGAGAACCUGACGAACGGGUUAAGGACUGUCUUGAGAAUCUUGGUUGCAGCGGGUGCGAGUGAGGUUGGUACGUUGCAGAGUGAUGGACAACGUCUCAAAGCAAAGGGGAUUAAAAAGGAGGAUUUGGACGAGUUUUUGGAAGGAGUAGUAGCAAGAGGGGGUAUGGCUUCGCGUUCCGAGUUGUGGACCACGUAUUGCUCUGCACACCCAUUGGGAAGCUGCAGGAUGGGUGUAAAUGAGGAAGAAGGUGCAGUGGAUGAGAAUGGGCAUAGUUGGGAAGCAGAUGGGCUGUUUGUCUGUGAUGGGAGUCUGCUUCCUACUGCAGUUGGGGUCAAUCCCAUGAUUACCAUUCAGUCAGCGGCUUAUUGUGUCUCCAACAGAAUGAUUGAAUACUUGAACAGGAAGUCCGAGUCACCUGCAGCUUGA